AUGAACGUGAUUCUAUCAACCACUCUUUGUUUUGGACUCCUAACUUUGUUAUCUGUAAUGAUCUUUUUAGAAUCGGUUCAUGGGCUGCCAUAUUUUAUUCAAGGAAAUGAAUUGCUUCCAGAUAAAGAAGAUACAGAUAGUGAAGAACUAUUGCGGGCUCUACUGAACAAAAAUUUUGGCUUCCAAAGACCUUCCAACAUUGAUAUAGAACUGGCUAACAAGUUGGAGGAACUUAACCAGCUGGAAAAGCUGAAAGAUCAGCUCAUGGAAGCAAAGGAUGCUGAGAUGUCUUAUGCGAUAGAUGGUCUAUCUUCUUCCCAUCCUAAUAAGCGAGCUUGUUUUUGGAAAUACUGUGUCUAA